AUGUCGUUCUCAUCAAUAAUUGCUUUUGCAAUCAUUGCUAUUGUUUCAUCCCAAACUUCCUCGAAUGAUUUAAAACAGCUUCAUCCAUUCUUGUUUUUCAACGAGAAAGAUAUCCCUAGUCUCCAAGAACGCGCGCGAACUACUCACUCUGAAAUAUCUCAAAGGAUCGACUUGGCCAGUCAAGAGAUAAAAAAAUGGCCUGAAUAUUAUUUACCACCUGAAGAUUGGAAAAACUUCUCUAGUGCUUGGAACGAGUGUUAUGGCAAUGACCUGACUGCGUUAGCUUUCUAUUGCGUUCUCAAUCCAGAGGAUCUCAAGGCGACAGAGCUUGCAAUUCUGUUUAUGGAGCGACUUUCCAAUCUUCCCAACUGGCGCGUCGCCGAUUUAUUCCAUGACGAUGUCCCCGUAGCCCACUCUUUAACCGGCAUGGCGACCGCAUAUGACUUUCUGUACUCACGUUUAAACGACACUCAAAGAACUCGGUUCUUAAGGAAUAUAACGGCAGUGACAGAGGAAUUAUACGAGAGAUCUUUCAAGCUUUGGUGGGGGUUUUCUUAUCUUCAAAAUCACGUAGCCACAAACUAUAUGGCGAUAUUAAAUGGCGCCUUGAUUGUCGCCCGACACAAGUUGUUCGAGGGGGAGAAAUGGUUGUCACGAGCUCACUUAAUGUUAAGUAGAAACUUAGAGCUGUUUAACUUCGUAGUGGACGGCUCCACUAACGAAGGUGUUUAUUAUGGCGCUUACACAACACGUUCACUAACGCAGUAUGUGUUCCUUGCGUUACGCCACUUACGUGUAGACUUCACGCAUUCCCCUUGGCUCAAAGAGCACGCUUCGCUUCUUUAUCAUACGGUGCUCCCAGGGUUCAGAGAAACCGUUGGCUACGGCGACUCCAAUCGGAACUGGUCUUACGGUCCAGAAAGCCAGCUAGUUUUCCUAGACAACCAUGUUUUGAGGAGUGGCUUGGGAAAUUGGCUGGCGAGACAGAUUAGAGAGCACAAGGUUCAAAUGGCAGGAGAAAAAGUCUAUAGUCAAGCGGCGUCACACCAAAAUAGCAUGCUCCACACAGAGUUCUUAUUCUAUAAUCCUGAUAUUCAAGAGAGAGCACUACCCAACCCAAGCAUGCCUCGACUCCACGUGUUCAGUGACUGGGGAGUGGUAACUUACGGAGGGGGAAUAGACAUAUCUUCCGGCGAUAACCUGGGUAGUCCCUGGGGUAAGAAGAGAACAUUUCUUUCCUUUAAAUGUGGGGUGCUUCACGGACGAGCGAUAAACUCUCUUGUUAGAGAAAAACACGUUCGAUUUUGGCUAGAACGACGGAUACGUUUCAACCCUGGCCAUGAACAGCCGGACCAAGGAUCAUUUGUGUUUGCCCCAAAUGGUGUACCUUUCAUUACAGAGACCUAUUACGCCUUCAAGUACACUUUCCUUAAUAAUGCUCUGAUAUUCGGUCCCUCCCAACAGUCAUCUUGCUAUAAACCCUUUGAGGGGCAGAUAGGAGAGUGUAAUAAGUGGUUUUAUUUUAAAACAAUGGCAGCCUGGAGGGCCGAAGGAGAUAUUAUAUCUGCGUCAAGAGAAGAUGAUAUGGUUUUCAUAAGCGGAGAGAUGAGUGGGUGGUAUCGACAAGAACUGGGCCUUAUUAGUGUAUAUCGUUCCUUGAUUAUGUUGAAUCCAAGCGUGCUCCUCGUGGUCGAUCAUAUCGAACGCAAAAUAGGAAGUCAAGCAUCUGUUAUGAGCGCCUUCUUUCAUAACGUGGAUCAUCCCUUCAUACUCAAUGAGAGCAUGUCCAAAACACCCCAUGCUACCAUUUCCAUAGAGGGACUUUUGCACAGAGUUUACUGGUCAAACUUAGGGACCGACCAGAAGAGUUAUGCCAGUUCGACAAAUUACUCGUCAAGUUUCCAUUCCUUUCGAACACAUUAUCUUAAUAUAACAACGCCCUUGAACGUACGAUAUACACGGACUGCGUACUUAUUUCUCGGUCCUGGAUAUAGAGUAGACCAACUUCCACGAGUAUUAACUGGGCAUGAUCACGGAGUGAAGAUCUCAGUGAUAGUGAAUGGAGUUCGUUACCAUGUUUCCAUAGCAACAAAGCAUAAUCAACCUUACUCUAGAUAUGAGUUCUUGGAAUUUGGAGGAUAUUGCAAGGUUGAAAUUAGAGAGAAGAGAUCCAGGACUGUGCGUUUCGGUUUGGAUGUCAUGUCAUCUGCAGAGGAGGAAGUUGUAAUAUUAAUCCCAAGUGAGACUAACUCGCAUACAACUUGGAAUGUUUUAUCCACCUUGUUUCUGCCAUUCAUUGUUUCUAUCGUGUUGCUAUAUCUCUAUUUACAGCUUCGAAAAAAGAUUCUUCGACACAAUCUCUGUGAUGUGUUCGUGAUUUGUCUUGGGAUGUCAUGGUUAAUAACAAUAAUGGCUAUUCAUAUCAGUUUUUGUAUUGGUGAAGGAUGUGACUUAAAAAAACCCAAAGUGACUGAAACUUCCCGCGAAAGUCGUGUUCUCUCAGAAGUACAAGAGGUUCCACCGUUUGUGUUAUUCACAUCUCUACCUCUAGCAGGCGCGGAAAUACUAGAACACUUGUUUAAAAACUCUUCGAAUUUCUUUUUUGUAGAAGUGGGGAAAGGUGUCACAAAGUUUUUGGAUCUGUGUUCUACUUUUCAUCGUUUUCACCAUUCGUCUGAAGCACUUCGGUAUCGAGAAUAUUUUCGUUAUCUUGCUAAAGACCCAAAAAGAAUUUUUCUUGAUUUACCCCCAGAGCUUCUCAAGACUCUUCCAGCUGUAAAACUGUCAGAUCCCGCGUGGGGUUUAAAGUUUUCGUGGUUAUCAAAGAUCGUGGAGGAGAGAAUGCGUGCCAUAGUCGUGGUUAGGGACCCGAGAGGGUGGGUGAACGCGUGGCUUCGAGAAAUUCGCGUGGAUACUGAACUACGCACUGCUGUCUACGCCGCUUUUGAUACAGUUAAGAAUCUCAAGUGCUCAGAGAGGAAUAUGUCAAAUUUUGCCCCUGAAUUCUUUGAAAUGCAGCAAGCACUCAAGGAUCAUAGCGAUAAAAACGACAAAAACACCCUCGUGCAAUUUCUUGCUCAUCUCUGGGCUGCGGAGACGCAAGCGGUUCUGCGUGCCAACACGCACUUUCAAAUGGGAGGCAUACGCUUUGUUCAAUUAGAGGACCUGAUCCUGAAACCUCGCAAAACCGCAGAGGAACUUUUUCGCUACAUAGGUGUUCCUCUUUCGCCAGCUGCUGAACAUCGCCUUCUUACAGUCGUUCGAACUGAGCAAUUUGCUUUGGGUUCCUCGCAAGAAUUGAUUGGCUCCAAAAUGGUAGAGGUCUGGAAACAAGAACUGAGUGAAGUGGACGUCGCAAGAAUUGAGGAAAUUUGCUCUGAUGUAAUGAAAAAACUUCGAUAUUAUUCACUAGGUUAGGUGGUACAAAAAAACGUGUGAAUGUGUCAUUAAGACAUAUUGUUCAGCAAGACACUUUGUUUGCACCAAACCUCUCUAGCUUUCAACCCAAGAGUACACAUUUGCACCAGCAAACUGCCAGGGAAAGAUUACAAAGGCCUGGGGUCACCCAAAAAAUUGACUGUUGUGCCAUCCACAGGGAUGAUACUCUCAGUUAUUCCGUUCUACUGAAAAUGGGAUAAGUUCUGGCCAGACAGGUCUUCUAACCAGCCACCUGAAAAGAUUCAUUUUACCCGAUAGUUUUUUUACCUUGUUAAAAAAGACUUGGCCGUGCUUAGUUUUGUCGGUGAAACCAAGAUUUAUUUAAAAGAUCUCUUCCUUCCCUUUUUUUAAAUGUUACUGUAUUUAAAACGCGAAUUAAAAAAGUGUCAGCCAACAUAAAGAAUAGGAACUAAUAGUAUUUCCAAGAGACGACGUUUCCAAUGGUUACGGUCGCUUUUUUUCCCCCUUUCUUUCUCUUUUUCUUUCCCAGCCCCCAUCCUAAGUACUUAACCCUUUAACCCGCAUGAGUGACCAAGACAGAAUUUCUCCUUACACAAUCAAUACAAUAUCAACCAGACAAGUUAUAAGAAUAAAGAAAACCAUCAGUUUGGAGGUAAUAAGUGGAUCCAAUACCAAAUUUUCUGAACUAGCAUUAUAAGAAUUGUAUGCAUGAGGGGCUUUGGCCCCGAAAAAAAUUCGCAGCAUGCAUUCUACGGAGGCGCUAUAUUUCUGUCAUCAGUGUAGAGAAUUACAUUAACGCUUGCGGUCGGUAGGUGUCUAUGCGGUUGCUUAAACCUGUUGAUUAUAAGUUAAAGGUUCACCUAACAAUUAAUACUUCAUCUAUGCUCGAAUUUCAAUUACGAAAACAUUGGAAUCACUUGGCGCGAUCUCAUCAUGGAGGCCGAAGUCUUCGAUCGAUCGGCUAAGUUUUCUAUAGUUACGGGAUCCAAUCUCGACCCAAAAAAGUACUAGUAUGUGCUAACGAAAAGUUAAUGUGAAAUCAGUCCGAAUGUUUUUGCAAAGAACGAAUUGUUUCGUCGAUUCCGCUAUGACUACAAUACGUUCUGCCCCGCCAGCAGGUCUAAAGCGCGUUAACAAAGGCUGUUCGUUCAACGCCAGGUAACCAAACAACAUGUAUGUGAUAUCUUCAAUUGGUCUCUGUGCCGGACAGAUUAGACAGGGAGAAUUCCUGCAGAUGGAUUCGCGAGGUCUCAAAAUAUAAUCCUGUUGUUGAUGCGGUAAAUCAAAUCGCUCUUGAUCGUACACUUUAAGCGGGAAAUGCCUCCAGUCGAAAAAUCAUGGGAAAUUGCAAAGAUGUCAGUCAGGAAUAGCCGAGCUUGACAACGAUAUUCGGGAACUAGUAAAGGAUAAUAAUUAUAUAAGUUAACGGUGGAUGCCUCAACUUUCAGUCAAAAGAAAGAGUCCAGACAAAGAGCGGUCUCCUGAUAUAAAUUACUUUGAAUUCAAUUUUUCGUGACCUCUUGGGUGGUGUAUACCUGAGUGUUAUUUUUAACCUCAUCUUAACCCUCCUUACACGGCAGACGCGUAAGACGAUAUUCAUACGUGUAAAUUUGUUCUCAGUGACCUAAAAUGCAAUAACGAUGUUUUAGACCACCUUCUCCCCAGUUAUAGUCGAUUUUGGCAAGAGUGAUGUCUUCGGAAAAGUUAAAAAUGCCGUUCCAAAACCUUCGCACACAAAAGAUCAUUAUAGGAUUAGUUGCAUUGCGCCGAAGCUUGUAGACCGAACGGGGGGACCAUCAGUUGAAAGCGAUGUGAUUAUCUAAUAAUAUGACAGUAAGGAGAAUUACAAAUUUGGUCUGGGAGUUAAAAGGUUAAGAAUGUCAAAAUACACCAUACUUUUUAAAAUAAGAAUAAGGAAAAGAAAAUAGACCACAAAUUGAACCUUCUCCUAGCCUGUCCUCAAGCUAGAGCUUCUCUGACGAACGCAUACGAGUUUUCGUACAAACGAAGAAGGACAAUCAUUAUAGACAAGUAAUGAUGACUAGUGUUUCUUUUCCUCAGAGAUAACUGACGGUUUCGUUGUGAGGUGUUUGGCUCGGUCGUAUAGACUCUUAACAACACCACGCUUCACUGACUGAGGUUGGUGAGAGUCAUAGGCUAAGUACUAGUCAGUGUGGGUGGGCUUUCUGUAGACAGUGGUAAUGAGAAGACCGUCUGAGUCCCUUGUAACUGUUGUGUCGAGAAAAUGAAUGGUGUUAUCCUUCUCGAUUUUCAUGGAAAAACGAAUAGCAGGCUAUUGACUGUUUAGAUAUUGCAAAAAGCCGUCGACAUGGUCCCGGUCUAAGGCUGUGAAAUUGUCAUCUACACAUCGUUUCCAGAUCUUAGUUUACAACAUCUAAACAGUUAACAGCCUACUAUUCGUUUUACCAUGGAAAUCGAGAAAGAUAAUACCAUUCCUUCUCUCGUAAAACACAUGAAGGGUGUAUCAUAGGUUCUUCGCCGCUGCCUACAACAUCAAGGCAUACGGACCGUUUUCGAGUCUUGCAAAACAUUUCGGUCUCACUUAGUACGAUCUAAAGACGCUCUAUCCAUAUCAAAAGUGACUCUAUCGUAAGACAAACGAAUAAAGUUCGUCUCCUGUACAUACAUUGUUUUAGGGAAGAAAUUAUAUGUUAACAGCUGAAAUAAAAAAGUGCCGCGGAAAAGAACUAAACAAAGCAAAGUCUAUAGAGCAGUUACUGUUUGACGCGUCAUGAAUGAUCCGUGACCUUGGGUGGAUACUAAAAUGGAUCUCACGGAAGCUUUUGCAGCAAAGCGACGGUUAUGUUCAGCAUUAACUGAAGAUCAAAACUUGUCGCUGGCUAAUGAGAGGAUAUUUACAUCUAUACGGCGUAACAAAGACUUGCAGGCGUUGAAAGAACUGGACUUGAAUUUAGUCCUUUACAGCGGUCAAUGUUUCUCGUAAACUAAAAACAAAUACAACUAAAUGAAACUAACUUAUAGACCUUAUAGGAGAAAUCAAUUGCAAUAGAGAAGCGAUCGAAACAAAGGGCGAUAAAACAUAAUUGUGUGUGAGGCAAAGUACAGGGUGAUACAUUUUGGGGGCAGAACACCGCACAUGAAGAAUCUUAUUAUUGCAUGGAAAACACUUAACAAAUGCAUAUGUCAACCUGAAUAAAAUGCCUUUCUAUUGACUUUGGAUGAAGACAAAAUAGCAAAGAUAGGUAACAUGAAUAUUCAUACUAUUGUCUUAGAAACAAAGCGGUGUCGUAAAUGAAACUCUAGAAAGAAAGUAACUGAUUAAGAAACGUAACAGAUGUUGUGGCCAUUUCCACGUUCGUUACACACGCCGGGCACUCGGACCUUUUGCUUUUGCAGUCUUUUUUUAAGCCAUACAUUUAAGAAGUACAAUAUUCGGUUAUCUGAUCACUCACCACUGUGUUGUGAUAAGUGUCACGCACUCCACAUUUAUUUUAGGAGGGUACAAUAUUGCAUUUCGCGAACAAAAGCUAAUUGUAUUUAUUUUUCUCAUUAUUUCUCUCUACUAGAAAAGACUAAAACUAACUCUCACUGAAAUGUGGUAAAUUAUAGCCGUACCAUAUUCCACGACUUAAAUCGUUGAGCACACUUGAUAUGAAAUCGCGCAAAGAUGGAAUGAGAUGUCUGAGUUUUUCGGGGUUUUCAAGGUGUAAGGUUUCAAGACACCCGCGUAAGGGAGAAAUAUUUUUAUUAUAUUAUUAUUAUUAUUAUUAUUAUUAUUUUGUGGAAAAGAAGUUGAACUCAAAACAGACUCGUCCAUGGCAAGUCUAGAUGUCAUGGUAGAUUCUGAGUAACAAUAAUUACGGCUAUGAUUCAGUGUUUCUAAGGUUGUUAGGUGGCAAUUCUUCCAUUAGAAUCUGAACAGGGAAAUGCAAAUCAUGAACAAAGCUUCAGUCCCAACUUGAAAUUACCAAUGUAAAUUAUGGUGUCAACAUUUUCAACAACAAGUGAUAUUACACAAUUUAACAAGACUAAUCUUCGUUGGUUUGUGAAUGACAGCAGAUCUUGCCGGGAAACCUAGAGUGAAUGAAUACAGGUUUUGGAAAGCUUUGACUGAAAGAAAAGGAAUUUUGGAAAACUUUUAGAAGUGUCUCGUUUUCCCAGGAACACCCUGGACAACGUUCGCAAACCGCUGGCAUGUAACAUAUUAACUCAUGACACUGAAGGCGUCAGGGAUAUUACGGAGAGCGGAUAUCACAAGGAUAUCAAGACCUCUGACCCACGCUUUAUGUAAAUAUUAGAAAGACUGGCUUAUUGCCGAUCGUGGAAUGUCGUUCUCAUCAAGAAUUGUUCUAACAAUUGUCGCUAUUGUUUCUUGCGAAGCUUCCGCGAAUGGCUUGGAACAGCUUCAUCCAUUCUUGUUUUUCAACGAGAAAGAUAUCCCUAGUCUCCACGAACGCGCGCGAACUACUCACUCUGAAAUAUCUCAAAGGAUCUACUUGGCCAGUCAAGAGAUAAAAAGAAGGCCUGAAUAUUAUUUACCGCCUAAAGAUUGGGAAAGCUUCUCUAGUGCUUGGAACGAGUGUUAUGGCAAUGACCUGACUGCGUUAGCUUUCUAUUGCGUUCUCAAUCCAGAGGAUCUCAAGGCGACAGAGCUUGCAAUUCUGUUUAUGGAGCGACUUUCCAAUCUUCCCAACUGGCGCGUCGCCGAUUCAUUCCGUGACGAUGUCCCCGUAGCCCACUCUUUAACCGGCAUGGCGACCGCAUAUGACUUUCUGUACUCACGUUUAAACGACACUCAAAGAACUCGGUUCUUAAGGAAUAUAACGGCAGUGACAAAGGAAUUAUACGAAAGAUCUUUCAAGCUUUGGUGGGGGUUUUCUUAUCUUCAAAAUCACGUAGCCACAAACUAUAUGGCGAUAUUCAAUGGCGCCUUGAUUGUCGCCCGACACAAGAUGUUCGAGGGGGAGAAAUGGUUGUCACGAGCUCACUUAAUGUUAAGUAGAAACUUAGAGCUGUUUAACUUCGUAGUGGACGGCUCCACUGACGAAGGAGUCGCCUAUGGCACUUACACAACACGUUCACUAACGCAGUAUGUGUUCCUUGCGUUACGCCACUUACGUAUAGACUUCACGCAUUCCCCUUGGCUUAAAGAGCACGCGACGUUUCUUUACCAUACGGUGCUCCCAGGGUUCAGAGAAACCGUUGGCUAUGGCGACUCCAAUCGGAACUGGUUUUACGGUCCAGAAAGCCAGCUAGUUUUCCUAGACAACCAUGUUUUGAGAAGUGGCUUAGGGAAUUGGCUGGCCAGACAGAUUAGAGAGCACAAGGUUCAAAUGGCGGGAGUUAAAGUCUAUAGUCAGUCGGCGUCACACCAAAAAAGCAUGCUCCACACAGAGUUCUUAUUCUAUAAUCCUGAUAUUCAAGAGAGAGCACUACCCAACCCAAGCAUGCCUCGACUCCACGUGUUCAGUGACUGGGGAGUGGUAACUUACGGGGGGGGAUUGGACAUAUCUCCCGGUAAUAAUUUAGGCGGUCAUUGGGGUGAGAAAAGAACAUUUCUUUCCUUUAAAUGUGGGGUGCUUCACGGACGAGCGAUAAAUUCUCUUGCCAGAGGAAAACGCGUUCGAUCAUGGCUACAAGGACGGAGAAGUUUUAACCCUGGCCAUGAACAGCCGGACCAAGGAUCAUUUGUGUUUGCCCCAAAUGGUGUACCUUUCAUUACAGAGACCUAUUACGCCUACAAGUACACUUUCCUUAAUAAUGCUCUAGUAUUCGGUCCCUCUCAACAGACAUCUUGCUACAAACCCUUUGAGGGGCAGAUAGGAGAGUGUAAUAAGUGGAUUAAUUUUCAAACAAUGGCAGCCUGGAGGGCCCAAGGAGAUAUUAUAUCUGCGUCAAGCGAAGAUGAUAUGGUUUUUAUAAGCGGAGAGAUGAGUGGGUGGUAUCGACAAGAACUGGGCCUUAUUAGUGUAUAUCGUUCCUUGAUUAUGUUGAAUCCAAGCGUGCUCCUCGUGGUCGAUCAUAUCGAACGCAAAAUAGGAAGUCAAGCAUCUGUUAUGAGCGCCUUCUUUCAUAACGUGGAUCAUCCCUUUAUACUCAAUGAGAGCGUGUCCAAAACACCCCAUGCUACCAUUUCCAUAGAGGGACUUUUGCACAGAGUUUACUGGUCAAACUUAGAGACCGACCAGAAGAGUUUUGCCAGUUCGACAAAUUACUCGUCAAGCUUCCAUUCCUUUCGAACGCAUUAUCUAAAUAUAACAACGCCCUUGAACGUACGAUAUACACGGACUGCGUACUUAUUUCUCGGUCCUGGAUUUAGAGUAGACCAACUCCCACGAAUAGUAACUGGGCAUGAUCACGGAGUGAAGGUCUCUGUGAUAGUGAAUGGAGUUCGUUACCAUGUUUCCAUAGCAACAAAGCAUAAUCAACCUUACUCUAGAUAUGAGUUCUUGGAAUUUGGAGGAUAUUGCAAGGUUGAAAUUAGAGAGAAGAGAUCCAGGACUGUGCGUUUCGGUUUGGAUGUCAUGUCAUCUGCAGAGGAGGAAGUUUUAAUAUUAACCCUAAGUGAGACUAACUCGCAUACAACUUGGAAUGUUUUAUCCUCCUUGUUUCUGCCAUUCAUUAUUUCUAUCGUGUUGCUAUAUCUCUAUUUACAGCUUCGAAAAAAGAUUCUUCGACACAAUCUCUGUGAUAUGUUCGUGAUUUGUCUUGGGAUGUCAUGGUUUAUAACAAUAAUGGCUGUUCAUAUCAGUUUUUGUGUUGGUGAAGUAUGUGACUUAAAAAUACCCAAUGCGAUUGAAAGUUCCCGCGAAAGUCGUGUUCUAUCCGAAGUACAAGAGGUUCCACCGUUUGUGUUAUUCACAUCUCUACCUCUAGCAGGCGCGGAAAUACUAAGACACAUGUUUAAAAACUCUUCGAAUUUCUUCAAUGUAGAGGUUGGGAGAGGUGCAAAGUUUUUGGAUCCGUGUUCUACUUUUCAUCGUUUUCACCAUUCGUCUGAAACGCUUCGGGAUCGAAAAUGGUUUCGUGGUCUUGCUAAAGACCCGAAACGAGUUUUACCAAAAUUACCCCAUAAGCUUCACAAGGCUCUUCCAGUUGUCCGACUGUCGGAUCCCGCGUGGGGUUUGAAGUUUUCGUGGUUAUCAAAGAUCGUGGAGGAGAGAAUGCGUGCCAUAGUCGUGGUUAGGGACCCGAGAGGGUGGGUGAACGCGUGGCUUCGAGAAAUUCGCGUGGAUACUGAACUUCGCGCUGCUGUCCACGCCGCCUUUGAUACAGUUAAGAAUCUCAAGUGCUCAGAGAGGAAUAUGUCAAAUUUUGCGCCUGAAUUCUUUGAAAUGCAGCAAGCACUCAAGGAUCAUAGCGAUAAAAACGACAAAAACACCCUCGUGCAAUUUCUUGCCCAUCUCUGGGCCGCGCAGACGCAAGCGAUUCUGCGUGCCAACGCCCACUUUCAAAUGGGAGGCAUACGCUUUGUUCAAUUAGAGGAUUUGGUCCUAAAACCUCGCAAAACCGCAGAGGAACUUUCUCGCUUUGUAGGUGUGCCGCUUUCGCCAGCUACUGAACAUCGUCUACUUACAGUCGUUCGGACUGAGCAAUUUGGUUUGGGUUCCUCGAGGGAAUUGAUCGGCUCCAGAAUGGUCACGGCCUGGGAACAAGAACUGAGCGCUGAAAACAUCGUGAGAAUUGAGGAAAUUUGCUCUGAAUUAAUGAAAAAACUUCGAUAUGAUUUGCCAGAUUAG